GUGCAGAAACUGUGUUUACACCUACAGAAUUCUGCCUGACAAAGAAAACAAGCUGAUUGUCCAGGCAUCAGAGGGUGUCCCUGUGAAGUAUUUUGAGACCUUGGAAGAACUGAUAGAAUUUUACAAGAAGGAGAACAUGGGUCUGGUAUGGCACCUCAGAUAUCCAGUGCCACGGGAAGAGGAGGAGGCUGCAGAUGAACCAGAGGAAGAUGCUGACCUGGUGCCCACCCCUCCCAUCCUGCCCCCACGCAACAUCCCCGUGGCACUGCUGAGCAGCGAGACGAAGGAGAGCUCUCCUCCCCCUGACAGCUCCAGGGUGGCUGAUGUCAGUAAACUGUCCCUUUCUGAGACACUACUCCAGCGACUGCAGUACCAGGACACAAGCAGUGUCUCUGACGAGCAUCUCAAACUUAUCCAGGACUACCUGCGAGUCCACAUUAUCACUGAUUUUGAGAUGGUGCAGACUGGCUCAAGCAGUCUUCCUCAGCUGAAGAAACUCCUCACACUCCUUUGCAAAGGACUCUUCAGCGAGGCCUCGAGGACUCUCCCCUCCCUGGAGUCCAUCCAGAAGGUGUUUGAGCAGCAGCUGCCCCCCGGGAUCCAGCAGCGCUCCCAGAUGCUGAGUGAAGGCAGUCCAGUCAAUAUUGUGUUGAAACUCAACCAGCUGGUUUCAUUGCUCUCUUCCAUUGAAGAAAAGGUGAAAACGCUGCUGAUUGAAGGUCCUGAUUCAACACAUCGACGCUCCCUCAUCCCCCCUGUCACUUUUGAGGUGAAAGCUGAUUCCCUAGGGAUUUUCUCAAAAAUACAUCUCAAGGUUGAUGUGGAAAUGGGAAAACUGAUUAUCAAGAGAGCUAAGGAUGGUCCAGAAGACAAGUUUUACACCCACAAGAAAAUCUUGCAGCUGAUCAAGUCCCAGAAGGUCCCUAACAAACUGGUGAUUGUGCUGGAAACAGAAAAAGAAAAAACCCAACGGAAAGAAUAUGUUUUUUCUGAUUCCAAGAAGAGAGAAGGGUUCUGCCAGCUUCUGCAGCAGAUGAAGAAUAAACACUCGGAGCAACCAGAGCCUGAUAUGAUCACCAUCUUCAUUGGGACCUGGAAUAUGGGUGCUGCACCUCCCCCAAAGAAGAUCACCUCCUGGUUUCUCUCCAAGGGGCAGGGGAAGACCCGUGAUGACACUGCUGACUACAUUCCUCAUGACAUCUAUGUGAUUGGCACCCAGGAGGAUGCCCAAGGGGAGAAGGAAUGGCUGGAGACCUUGAGGCAAUCCCUGCAGGAAAUCACCAGUAUCAACUUCAAAGUGAUAGCAAUCCACACCCUCUGGAACAUCAGGAUUGUGGUGCUGGCCAAGCCAGAGCACGAGAACCGCAUCAGCCACAUCUGCACGGCCAACGUGAAGACGGGCAUCGCCAACACGCUGGGUAAUAAAGGAGCUGUGGGGGUGUCAUUCAUGUUUAAUGGAACCUCCUUUGGGUUUGUUAACAGCCACUUGACUUCAGGAAGUGAAAAGAAACACAGGCGCAACCAGAACUACACGAGCAUCCUGCGCUUCCUGACGCUGGGAGAUAAGAAGCUGAGUCCCUUCAACAUCACCCAUCGCUUCACUCACCUCUUCUGGCUGGGGGACCUGAACUACCGCCUGGAGCAGCCCCCAGCGGAAGCAGAGAAUAUUAUCCAGAAGAUCAGGCAGCAGCAGUAUCCGGAGCUGCUGGCUUUCGACCAGCUUCUCCUAGAGAGAAAGGACCAAAAGGUGUUCCUGCAGUUCGAGGAAGAAGAGAUCACUUUUGCUCCAACCUACCGCUUCGAGCGAGGCACGCGGGAGAAGUAUGCUUACACCAAGCAGAAAGCUACAGGGAUGAAGUACAAUUUGCCAUCCUGGUGUGAUCGAGUGCUCUGGAAAUCAUACCCCAUGGUGCACGUUGUGUGUCAGUCCUAUGGCUGCACCACGGACAUCAUGACCAGUGACCACAGCCCUGUCUUUGCCACCUUUGAAGUGGGAGUCACCUCACAGUUUGUUUCAAAAAAUGACUCCAAGUACACAGAUUCCCAAGGGGAGAUAGAGUUCCUGCACUGCUAUGCUACUCUGAAGACCAAGUCCCAGACCAAGUUCUACAUCGAGUUUCACUCUAGCUGCUUAGAAAGUUUUGUGAAGAGCCAGGAAGGAGAAAAUGAGGAUGGGAACGAAGGGGAGCUUGUGGUAAAGUUUGUUGAUGCUCUUCCAAAGCUGACUCCAAUUAUUUCAGACCCAGAAUAUCUUCUGGAUCAACACAUCCUCAUCAGCAUUAAGUCAUCAGACAGUGAUGAGUCCUAUGGGGAAGGCUGCAUUGCCCUGGGAAUAGAAGCAACAGAGUCCUUAGUGCCUAUCCAUGCUGUGCUGACACACCAUGGGGAGAAAACUGGGGUUUUCCAAGGUGAAAUCAAGUUACAGACAUCACAAGGAAAACAGAGAGAGAAGCUAUAUGAUUUUGUCAAGAUUGAACGUGAUGAAAUCACUGGGCAGAAACCAAAGAACAUCAGCAGCUUAGAGCCUAGCAAAGACUGGGAUCAGACUAACAGAAAGUCCAAAUCCACUCACCUGAUGGCCAGGGAGGCAGCGGCCGUUGCUCGCUACUGGGGCAGUGCUCACCCUGCUCCAGACAGCCCGGGGAAGGAGGAGAGCUCCCG